AUGUCUUCUGAUCGCGUGAUCGCGGCUUCUGAGACUCUAGUGAGUUCUCUUCGACACUGGUUUAUGGUAUGUAAAUUUGAUAUCUACUCUGAAAACUCAUUUGACCCAACUGUGAAGAGCUCGGCGUCUCGGUGGGAUUCGAACUUACGACAGAAAGAGGAAGGCUUUAGUACAGCCAACACUAGCCACUGAGCUAGGAGGCCCCACCGAGAGCCGUGAGUUUAAUCACAUUUGGGUCAAGCCACCCUCCCAGCCUACUGCAACGUCCGGAAUCCAUCAAAUCUAAUGCAGUAAGCUGACUGCCCAAACAGGACUUCCUAAGUAGUCCGGCUAUAAUGCACCAGAUGACUACCAGACUCACGUAAUUAAUAGGUGUUUUGGCAGAUUUUGAAUAAUUCAUUUUUAUCCGUUUGUUCAUUUCGACUCACUUUACCCAACUUUUGUGUCAAAAUGAGCGUGACCGUCUGGGUUGACUUCGUAGGCUUGUCUAAAAAUAAGGCCUUGUCGCAGAAGUAAAUGCUCUUCCAGAAUGGGGAUCGGUAAUCAGUACAUUUCUUGAAAAUAAGAAAAACGUUCUAUAGUACGUUUUAUUUUCAUAAUUAUGUUCAUAGAGAACAUUGACAGAUGUUCCCUGUGAAUAGCCUCAACGGGCAUAUAUUGAUACGUUUUUAGCGUACGACAAAUAAUCUCGUCGUCUUGCUUACUUGUGGACCGUUUUGCUUCACCCUGCGUAUUGCUGGGCACGGCUGUAUCACUAAUAAUUCGCCACAGAGUGACAGCGUAUAGCAGGUGCUUGAUAUAAAUAUUUGUUUACGUCUAGUAAUUCUCGGUGUGGUAAAACAAACUACCGUCAAACAAGUCUUUCACAGAGUUUUAUGGCAUGAAAGGUCACGAAUUUAAAAAAAACAGAAUUUUAUAAGCUGAAUUUACUCCUUUUUUCUUGCAAACAAAGCGAUUUCCCAUACCCACCCUGAUCUCAUUUUCAUGGACGCUGAAUCCAAUUUUCCGCCACCUGAAAGGAUUUAUUUCAUACUUCUCUAUGUUAAUCUUCAUUUACAGCACAAUAUGAAUAAACACGAGGUUUUGGUCAGUGAAUUUCAAUAGGGUAGGAAGUUACCUGGAUAUCAGGAAAGAUCAGGAUUUGUCAGUCUGGUCUGCUUUCCUUUAAUGAAACUGGGUUGAAAUGACUCCCUCUUUAGUAUAUAGCCUUCCACGUCUUAAAUCAAUUUAAUAAGCACAAAUAAGGACACCAAAUGUAUGGCAUACCACCCAUUCAAAUCUCGAUCACGACAUUUCGUCAGUUAGGAUACCUAUAGUAUAUCGGAGACUGAUGGAGCGCUGAAGUCAUUUGUCCUUUUUCCGAUUUUCCGGACUAGUACGCGAGUACGUCUUUGGAAAUGACAGGUAUAUGCUACUUUAACCAAUCAGCCACAAUUGCCGCGGACUUUGAGCCUCUACACGAACUUCCAGCUAGUGCGACCGUAUAAGGUUACGUUCUGCCAACUUCAGACAUCCGCCUCGUGACAUGUUAGCACCAUGGGAUUGUCUAGCUUAAAACCUGAAGCAGGUUUAUGCGAUCUUAAUGAUCGAGUGAGGUUUGCACUCCAAGGCAACGUCUCUGCCAUCUGAUGCUAAUUUGUCAUUUUUAGUUAAUGUCGCCUAGAAUAUUAACUCCAUUCCUCAUCACAGCGUAGAGUUGCCGCGAGUUUCUUAGCGUUUUUUGGCACUCGGUGUUCCCUCUCAGGCCUGGCCUAUAGUUGCCAAAAUUCCUACAAACACAAAACCCCAAGAGUUAGUUGACUUGCAGCAUUUUCCACUUUUGUCGUAGGUAAUUAGCCUUUUGCAAUCUUUUCCUAGGCAAUGAUAAAUUCCAAACUGACCUCCGAGGAUGAUUUGCAGUCUGAUGGAUGGAUUCCUGUUUCCUUGCUCUGCCCCCUCGCACUUACCCGGAUCGAAGUGAGUCCAGGCACUGUCAGCAAUACUGUUGCGCCGUUAAUGUCAGCGUUUUCUGGCACGACCGUGACCUCUGACGGACCUUUGAGGACAAUUUAUCACACAAUAUUUUCACGAGAAGCCGAUAAUGUUCUGAAAAACGUCAUGCAGCUUCUUUUGGGGGUUUUUUAGGCAUACUACUGCUGGGUCACUCUAUAAUUUUAAAAGGCAUUUCUGCUGCGAAGUUUGUAGUUCUUGUAAACAUGAUUUGUUUUCGUGGUGUCGUGCGCACAGUUGCUUCUCAGCGGUAAUACUGGAAAUUCUUUACUGAUUUUCCGUUACCCCUUGACCCUGCAGAUUAAGUUUCCGCUCUAAUGCGCUCCCUCUCGGCUCCUCUUUGCUUAUUCAUGAUACACAUCAGUUUGACUCACGCUCUUAAAAGAGUGCCGCGUUUCCGUCUAGUUUUGCGAGUCCACCACUGUCCCGAGGGUACAGCGUCGCUUUGUGUAUGGUGAGGCAGACUUGUUUCGCCUCAACCCUCCAGCCCACUCGCCCGUGUUCAAAUGACGAGACAAAGUCAAGAUGACUAAAAAUGGCAUGGACGCGGUGACUUCCCUUUCAUGCGUACUGCAAAGGACCUAUGCAUAUCUUCCCAAGUACCAGACCUCAUAUUUAGAGGGCCUGGGAUCUCACAUACAGUAGAUGGGCAUCGAAAAUCAAUGAGAAAAUUGCAUGCUACUUAAGUAGUCAUUUUUUGCAGAGUAUAGUUCUUUCAUGCAGCCGAAACGCAGUUCAUUCGAAAAGGGGCAACCUGAGGUAACUGGAUUAUUAUAGAAUUAUGCUGCAUAAUGAUUAGUUUUACAACCCUGCUUAAUUAAUCUUUUCAAAACGAAAGGCAUUUCAAAAUUUUGGCUGACAUUUCAUGAGUUAGCCCACCUACUGUAAGUGAGAAGUGUAUUGAUGGCAUCAUGAAGAAACCUCUGGUUUCUGAGUAAGACCGAAGUACUUCUUUAUUGGGAUUUUUCCAAGUCAGGACUGCUAGUUUGUAUGAUAGUUUCAAAGCGUCUUUUGGGUCCUUCGAAGUGAGAAAGACAAGUGCCUGACUAGGACCUCAUAGAAUCUACUUUCCCUCGCCGUAGCCAGUGAUUACUUCAAGUCAAGCCGUUUUUGUCGUCGUGGUGGUCUGAGGAAUGUGCCUAUACAGAUGAUUACUAGUCCUUCUUCCUUUUGUCACCAGGAUUUAUGGAUGUUAUGAAGUUAUUUGGUUGUGGGGCCGUUGUUUGUUGCUCAUGAUAACUUUGGCAGUCGGAUCUUCCGAGUCUGACGUAAGCGAUGACUCAGGGUUUCGUAAGUCGAGGAAGGCCCGGAUAUCGGCUGAUGCAUCCUAAAUCUAGGCCUCCCAGUCGAGGAAUCAUUCGACGUAGAAUAAUCGCCCGGCUAAUUUUGUGCGAUUUAACACGGAUUUGAUGGUAUGAGGAGACAGGCAAUUACAGACGGUCUCCGGGAAGUGGGCGCACGGGAGGAACAACCUACAAGGGGAACAUUUUAGUUAUUUUUUUUCGUUCGCGAGCAGUGGGUGUGCUUUUAUGGCUCUAACUGUGAACCCUGUCUCUUCUGCAGAUCCCUGUGCGUUCAGUGAACUGUGACCAUCUGCAGUGCUUUGAUCUGUCCUCCUAUCUGACGAUUAACAAGAGGCGUCCUCGGUGGUCCUGUCCUGUCUGCAGUUCGCCUGCCCCAUUUCGCGAUCUGCGACGCGAUGAGUAAGUGGUUCUGUCAUCUCCAAUUGCCCUACGUUGUUUCUUAGAUUGCGUAUCUUACGUGCUAAUUUGCCAUAACCAUCUGAAAUGGCAAUUUGUGCCCGUGUCAGUUGUUCGUGGAGCGUUCUAUCCAAUCGCCAGACUAAUUAAGCCAGGGUGCAAACCCAGUUGACUGUCAGCGGUAACUUUAAGGCGCACAGGAUUGUUGUCCACUAUGCUCAUGGACAAAGUGAUAUUGCUCGUAUUUCGUCUUUUACUCGAAAUACCAGUGCUCCUUUGACUAUAUUCACCUCUAGUUGUUUUGUUCAUCUCGAAUAGAGUGUACUAACUCGCGAGUACUGCCUUUUCGCGCCUCGGCGAAGGUGCUGUCCAGUUAUGGUCAGAGGUCCAUACUUUCAUGUGGCUUUAAACCAGUCAAACCGAGUUGUUGCCGACACGCGCAAGAAGGCUGAACUUGAGUGGGAAUGAUGACCUCUAUCUAACAAGUACCUAGUGGCGGAUGAUUAGGAGUUUCUUUACUCCUCAAUGCAUUUAAGAAUUUGUUAAUCUGGUUUGGCCGCCAUCUGCCUGUGUGUUCUACUGAUGUACUUUCAUCCACGAAUUCGUGGAUCCAUUUGAUGUGGCGCGCAAAGAAAGCGCAUCCGUAAUUAUGUUUUAAUAAAGUGAAUUCCUUUGCUGGAAGUUGCUUUUAGUUUUAAUUUGAUGAUUUUCGGAGAUGUUCGUAUGCCAAGAAACUACUUACAGUAACCCACAACUUUCUCUCUAGUGUUUGACGUUUAAGAAGAAGAAUCAAGACUAUGCACGAACCAAAGCGGCAUCACACAGAGCUAUGUUACUCCAAUCUGACACGAUAGGGCAGUAAUCUCAACUGUUUGUUAUUGACAUGACAACUCUCUUUAGCAUCUAAUUAUACCUCGGGACUCCGCAUAAUUUCUCUCCCCUACACUGUUCGCCUCUUUAAGUUUCUUCGUCCAGCUGAUUGCCGAUGAGAGUCUCAAAGAUGCCGAAAUGGUCCACGUGGAUGCCAAUGGGCACUGGCUAAAGGCCUCUAAGCCCACCGAAAGUGAUUCUUCUGCUGCUGUAGCAGCCAAGGGAUCGAUUUCCGGAAUUCCUUCCGACAACUCGACUACCGUUGCUGUCCCCUCACAACUGGAUGAGACCUCUACGGUAUCGCCUUGCAUAUUGGAGUCGGAUUUCUCGUCCAGAUCGGUGGCGCCCAUAGAUACUGAUGUCUCUCAAUCCAGUGACUGUGUCGUCCACCUUGACGACGGUGACGAUGACAACUACAAGGAGGGUGACACGACGCAACCGGAGCAGCCGACUUUUGCUCAUCCCACGUCUUUGAAUGAUUGCUGCACUCCGUCCCCUCCCGCUGCCGUCACUGAUGAACAGCCAACUGAGCGUCCUUCUGCGGCGCUCGAUUCUGCACCGACGAAGUAGGCGGCUUUUUCCCAUCCUCCCUUGGUAACUUGUUCAGUGGCCAGUCAGUUUUGCCUUUCCAUUUGCAUGUCUUUUCGGAAACGGUAGGUUGUAUGACCCCAAGGUAGAUCGUUAGCCAGUGAUCUGUGUCUUACAGGAAUGGUGGUUAUGGAGGAUUUUACGGGUGGGGCAGCAUGCGCGUAGGACAGGAGGUGAAAUCCAAGGAAAUGUAGAAAAUAAUUGAAUUUCGGCCGUCAAACUUAACGCACGCUGCUGCAUAGCAAAGGAAAGUUAUCUCGAUAAUCAACAAACAAAAAGCAAUUACUGAGAAAUAAGCCGCAGGUGGUAAGUUUACGUCUAGUCAGGCAACCAAGGCGAUUCCAGCCAAUAGGAACGACGAAAGACAAGUCAUCUUUCCACUCCCACUGAUUUUUAGUGUACGCGUUUGUGUUGUCAGUGGACGAUAGCGAACCCAAAUCAGCCAAUCUCAGAAUGCAGCAUGAAGCCGGAGCAAUGCCAGUAUUAACAAAUACUUUUACACGCUAUUAAAGAUACCUGGUGGAAAAGUACAGGAAGAUGUUUAAAAGGUAAAUUUACGGAAACAUUAUCUGCGUUAGGGCAACUGGCUAGAUAUAUUUUUUUUCCGACGAGCCCUCUAUCUUUAUCAUAUUAUCUCGGAAUGCACACUACCUCAGCUAUUCAAUAUAUGUUAAUAUGUUAUUUUUCCUCCUUAAAUUGCAGACCAUCAGUCUCAGCAAAAAGGAAAACUACACCACGGGACCCUGGUCGACGUACGAAUACUGAAGAAGUAAUGGGAACUAUUAAUUCGGAGAAGAUUGUGGAGUACUGUCAGGCCAGGGGACUACUGCCAACGGUGUUAACCUGCCAAUGCAGAUACCAAAUGCGGCUGCAAGUCAGGAAACGCAGCACGGACGGCUAUGUGUUCGGGUGUGCACGAUGCAGAAAACGGAAAGCACUUAGAAGCGGUUCGGUGUUUGAGAAGAGCCGAUUAGCAAUCGGAACAAUCAUGAAGAUUCUGUUGGCCUUUUUGCGCGGAUCAAGGGUCUCUAAGUGCGAAGAAGAUGUUGGAGUGUGCCACACGACGGCUGUCGAAUGGUACGCCAUCUGUCGCAGCGUCUGCUCUGCGGCCCUCAUGAGGGAAACCGGUCAGAUUGGAGGUCCCGGAGUGGAAGUACAUAUUGACAAGACGCUUAUCAACCGCCGAAAUUACAAUGUUGGCGGACGCUGGAGACGAUGGUGGCUGGUCGGCAUGUAUGAUACGAAACGAAAGAAGGCCCUCUUUGAACAGGUUAACGAUAGGAGCUGGACGGCCCUGAUUUCCGUUAUAAGGAGGUGGGUGGCGAAGGGAAGUGUCAUCGUAACUGAUGACUGGAAGACGUACAAGCGCUUACCCUCAGAAGGAUAUAAGCACUUCUCGGUGAACCACUCGAGGAAUUCUAAAGACCCCACUACAGGCAAGUAUCCGAACGCAGUUGAGGCGUACUGGAGCAGGUUAAAAAGAAAACUCCACGAAGGAGGCCCGGUGUCUGGCCCAGCGAUAUGGACACAUGUGGAUGAAGUACGGUACCGGUUGUGGUUUGGCCUGAACUCCAUGAGGCUAGAGAAAGCAUGGGAAAUCUUCCUGUCGCAUAUCGCGAAAGCCUACACAGUGCAGCAGCAACCGACAUGUUAACAAAAACGGUUUAUCCCUGGGCUGUGAACGAAUGUCUGUACAUAAAGUUGUUUUGAGCCAACUGCCUUAUAAUUCCUUUGACCUUAGUCCCGGCUGUAUAAAUGUCAAAUGCGGCGAGAUGUCCGCACUCGCCCUGGUACAUAGAGAUAGCCGAGAUGGUACGACCGCUUCUCGACUCUCUGAGCUAAGUUCGAGUCAAUUAAAUGCGGAAUGCAGGAUCGUAUCCACACUCGCCUCGAUUCCGGUAGGGAACCGUAUUGUUACGACCUCUUGUCGACUCAGUGAACUUAAGUCAAGAGAAGCGUGGGCUGGGUGCAGGGAGGUGUCUGGACCGGCCUCGCUGCAUGGAGUGUCUUAAUAACCUCGUAAGUGUACCUACUGAAAAAGGUGUAGUAGAAAUUCAUGUGCGGGACAGCUUGCUUGAGGUCUUACAAUCUACCAUCACCGUCUUUACUUGCGUACAAAGCUGAAAGCCCACAAAAGUCCAUUCAGUACAGGUAAUAUCAACCGGUAACUUCAGCAGUGACCACGAUAUUCGGCGGUUGUCACUCAGCCGAUUUGGUUUUUUGCUGGUGCGAGCCUGCAUAUGCAGCUUUAUUCAUCCUUUCAUUUCCGACCACGCCGUUCUAGCCUGCUUGUUGAUCUGGCUGCAAGCUCAGACGAGGAACCCGAUAUAACGAUAGCACCUACCCCACCACUUUCCAAUCCCUAACCAUCGGUAGCGCCGGCACCAUCAUCGACUUCCCUCACCACAACGGAGAGCUACAGUCUCCCGGCGGUAAUUCCGUCCCCUCCCCUCGCGCGCCUCUCCGUGGGCACCGCUUUACCCCUGUACGUCGUUCCACGGCCUCUAGACCUCGUCAACCAUGUUACGCAACCUGCUCCUCCCGCCCCUGUCAGCACCACUGAAACUUCAUAUUACCUGCAGGCAUUUCUACAUCGGACCAGGCCGAGCAUGGCUAUUGGUCUGAAUUGCCCCGGCAUUGUGUAGAUGCUGAGGAUUCCCGUUUGCUCCAGUACAUCCGUGUCGGGGAUUCGAUCCUGCCACCUCAGCCUCAGGAUGCGACGAAGACAACUGAGGUGGGAGUGCUUGAGUAGGCGUGCCUGCUUCGUGUAUACCGUCCAAGUCUCUGCUCCGUACAGCGGCGUCGGGAGAAUGACGGCCUUGUAACCUUCUGUUUCGUGUUGAGCUGGAGACCAUGAGGACUCCAAACUGUGCUUUGAAGGCGGCCGAAGGCUUGACUGGCCUUCGAGAUCUUGCGGACGACUUCGUCAUCGAUUUUCUUUCUGUGGGAGAGGGUACUGCCCAGGUACGGGAAGUCCCCCACCACUUGCAGCUGGGUUCCGUUCACGCUGAUCUGCGGUGCAUUGUGGGGAGGGGCUGUUUUGGGCGGCAGUUGAUGUAUGACCAACGUCUUCUCCGUGUUGAUGACCAGACCGAAGUCCUCGCAGGUGGCGGGAAGAGGUCCAUGCUUCUUCGCAUGUCCUCUUCCGAAGUGCUGUUGAGGGCGCAGUCGUCGGCGAAGAGAAGUUCGUGAACAGUGGUUGUGGAUACGCGCGAUCGGGAGUGCAUCCAUCGUUGAUUAAGGAGGUGGCCGUCCGUACUGUCGGUGAUGUGGAUCCUGGGGUGUUCGUCACGGUAGACGUCCAUCAGCAUGGCAGAGAACAUAAGAUUGAAGAUGGUGGGCGCAAGACGCAUCCCUGCUUCACUCCGUUGGUCACUGCGAGUGCCUCUGAGACAGCUCCGUUGUCUGUGACUCGCGCCAUCAUGUCUUCGUGA